AAAUAAAUUCAUCAGAGCGUUGGUAAUCAGCUUCAUUUUCAGCCAGUUUAUUAUUUGCAACUCUGUUCGUGACAAGCCUUUAUUUUUCAAGAUCGAGGAUGUCACAGAAUAUACCGAACGGGAGCGGUCCGUUCCAUACAGAAGAUCUCCCUCGACGCCGCAGAAGCAGCGGCACCUUUCCUGGAGCGGGAUCUUCAAAUCGGCGACACUCAGCGUCAAGCAACCGAAGUCAAGAGGAAACUGCGCAGCGACGCCUGUCCGAGAGCAAUCGACCUCACGACGGGCAUCGGCGUUUAUCUGAAGUUAGCCGAGUCAGUCACGAAGAACAACGAGUGAGAAAGAGAUCAGAAGAUCGAAGAACCAAGAAGGAGACUGUUUAUCUCGGAAUGUUUAGGGCAAAAAUUCUAGUUUUGGGACCUUGCGAGAGUGGUAAAAGUGUUAUUGCGAAUUUUCUUUCUGAUGCUACGGAAACAUCAGGAGGAGAGUAUCAUCCAACACAAGGGGUCAGGAUACUAGAGUUUGAAAGCAAUGGCAUCGAAAUAUCUCCUGGUAAAACUGCUAAUUGUGAGGUAGAGUUGUGGGAUUGCAGUGGAAAUCACAAGUUUUCUACUUGUUGGGCAGCUUUCCAAAAGGACACAAAUGGUGUUCUAAUCAUUUACAAUCCUGAUCAGUCCAGCCAUGACAAGGAACUAGAGACUUGGUACACACAAUUUGUGCAAAGUCAAGGACUCAAGGAUUCACAGUGUAUAGUGUUUGCUCAUCGCCGACCAUCUGCUGCUGAUACAACAAGAUCACAAAUACCAUCUGUACUCUCUAGAGUAACCUGUAUACAGACAAAUCUGGAUGAAGAACCAGAAACAGUCAGAGAAGAAUUUCACAACUUCCUUGCAAAGGUUAUCAGCAACUGGACUGACAAACGAGAUCAGGAAGAACUAAGUAUAAUGAACACAUGAAGCUGUUAUUGUCUGAGGAACCAAGAGUUUUUCAUCUUGUGUACAGAAUAGAGAUUUUUAUUUCUUUUUUUGGUGACUGGUCAUUAUCUAUUUUCCAUUGAGCAAGGUCAUUUGGCAACUUAAAACAACUUUGGUACUUUCUUUAGUUGAAAACUUCAUGAACUGACAGAUGCUAAGGGUAGUAGAUAGAUUGAGCAGGAACAGUCCCUCAAAAUCUUUUUUUUUUGUUAUGUUUUUUAUUGCAGCCAGUUUUCAUCUAAGGUCUCUAAAAUGUCUUUAUUUAUAAACUCUGUGACUCCUUAUGCCUUUUGAAAACAGUGCCAAAUUCUUAAGGUUACUGUACAAAUAAGUGAAGAAGUUAGAUCUAUGUGAUGAAGAAGUUAAAAGUGUUUCAAACUUCUACUCUAACGAUAUUAAUUGAUUACCACUGUAUGCCCCAAAUUUGCCAUUUCCAAUCUGAUUUAAUGAUAACAUUGAGGCUCUUGUAAAAUAGUUUCUAGAAACUGUAAAUAUUUUUUCAAUAUGUCAUGAUUUAAGUUAUUAU